AGCACGCCGCUAGUAUGCGGCCAGCGGGCGCACACACCCGCCACUCUUUAUAUAUAAGGAGAUCUUGCGAAACCGUUAGCACAUUCGGACUACAACCUGUCCAGGAAGUCACCUGCUUCUUUUGUCAUCUGUGAAACACUACAAGAUGCUGUCCGUUCUGUGCGUGGUGUCUUUGCUGGUGCAACUGAUGUCGGCGAGUCCUGCGGUGGACAGUCAGCCUGCUGCUCAGAUUCUUAACUACGACAUCGAAACAGCCAACAUGCCCAACUCUUACAAAUUCCACUACGACGCCACUGAUGGUUCAUCACGGACAGAGGAAGGUGCAAUUCUCAACCCUGGCACCAAGGAGGCGGCGCUCGACGUCGCUGGCGCAGUGCGCUGGUACGACGCCGACGGACAUUUGUACCAAAUGACGUACAAGGCCGGCAAGAGAGGCUACAGGACAAUCAUCAAGAUGCUAUCAUAAUACAUAGCGAGCAAUGGAUGUGCUGUCAAAGUAUUAGUUCGAAUAGAAUUUCGAUAACAAAAGACUGGACAAAAUAAUUUUAUUUAUUUACUAGAAAUUGUUUAUUUUAUUUAUUAAAUUAACAGAAAAUGUUUUUGAUGGUGUGUACAUA